AUGACAGCUAAAACAUCUACACUAGGCCCAGAAAGUAAAGGCAUAGAGCCUCCACAGUACUGUGCCCCAACGAAAGAAUGUCUAGCUGUCCGGCUUCAAACGGUGGAGAAUACAUGCAACCAGCCGCAGGGGCUUUAUGAGCCAAUCGUCUGCACCAAGGGACACUAUUGUCCACGACCAGGAGACCAGAGGUAUAUUUGUCCAGCGAAGCACUAUUGUCCAUUGGGAACAGAAUCGCCUGUCAAGUGUGGUCCGCUGUCAGUAUGCCCAUCAGGGUCCUCACGCGAAUUUCAUUUGGACGGGUUUGUUGUUGCUCUGGUCUUAGACAUCAUCUUGUUGAUCAUCAUAUUUGUACCUCUACAUCUAAGGGUGCACAAACUUGACUUCAAAAGAUAUCGCCAAGACAGUCAAUCUAGCAGUGAAGAGGACUUGGAGGCGGCUGCGAGGCCCACGUUCCUCUCAAUGCCUAGCGAUCAUGAGACUGAUUAUCCAAACAUCUCGAUCAUAUAUCAAGACAUUACUUUUGAGCUCAGCGAGUCAACUCGGCCCCUGGUGUCUUCUAUAUCUGGAAGCAUCCAAAGAGGAAUGCUAUGUGGGAUUCUCGGGCCCUCUGGGGCUGGAAAAACGACGCUUAUGAGAUUGUUGAUGGGAAAGCUUGAGCCCACUAAAGGGAUCGUUGAAGUCAACGGCAUGCAAACGACACUCUCUCGGUUGAAAAAGCUCACUGGAUACGUGCCUUCUGACGAUAUUCUCCCAUCUCAUCUAACGGUUUAUGAGACUAUACUGCAUGCAUGUCGGGUGAGGGGACCACGCAAAUGGUCUGACGAGCAACGUUCCGUUGCAACGCAGAGUAUCAUGCAGAGUCUUGGUAUACUUCAUAUCCAACAUCAGCUAGUUGGGGAUCAAGUUAUGUCAUUAAUCUCUUCGGGUCAGCGAAAACGUGUCAGUAUAGCUAUGGAGCUCAUCGCUGCUCCUAUGAUGCUGUUUUUGGACGAGCCUACCUCCGGGCUUGAUUCAACAACGGCUAUGGCGCUCAUAGAUCUACUCAAGAAGAUUUCAGAAACGGGUGUGAUUGUCGUUUGCAUACUUCACCAACCACGGCAAGAGAUUUUCGACGCUCUGGACCACGUCAUGCUCAUGGCAGACGGCAUGCAGCUAUACGAGGGCUCACCAGGAGAAGCUGCAGGAUACUUUUGUAGCCAAGGCUUUGAUAUACCCAAGGACGCUAACCCAGCGGACUGUCUUCUUGAUAUAGCUGCAUCGAAAGCCAGAAGCGCAUCGCCGCAUAUAGGGACUGUCAACAUGGCACAACAGCUUGCACGCAUGUGGGAACAACAACAAUGCAUCCAGCACGAAGCUAUACAGCACACCAAAGACAAGACCGAAAGCAAUGACCUAUCGCGAGACAUAGUAGUCGAUCUUGAACAUACCGCUGCAUUACGGGGUGCAUCAUGGCUGCGACAAGUCCAGUACAGCCACGUACGGGCAAUGAAGCAACAAUUGCGACAACCCAUCAGUCUGCUCUUAGAGAUAGCUGUUGGAGGAGUCGCAGGAUUACUCAUUGGUUUAGGUCUCUAUUCGAAUAAAGGCAUGCACUUUCAAGGAGUGUAUCUCACACCUUUUGAGAUGCUGUCAAGUGCUGUGGAUUAUUCAACAGUACCAAAGAUCGGCAACAUGAUCACACUUGCGAUAGCACUUGCAGCGUCGGCACCUGGUGUAAGCACCUUUGGAGACGAAAAGUCUUUAUAUUGGAGAGAGGCUGCUGCCGGUCACCGCCGUUCAGCAUACUUCACUGCCAAAGUUCUGGCGACCAUACCUCGAAUGGCACUCUCAUCCUUGCACUUUACAAGCUUCUACGCCAUACUUGCAACUCCUUCGAUAAAUUUCUGGUUGCUUUACGUAUUGGUUCUACUGUAUUUCUACUGUGUAUACGGGCUAGCUUCAGCGGUAUCCGUCGCAGUGAAGCGCGAGAAUGGUGCUCUUCUUGCCAUGAUUUUGUGUCUCAUCAUUGGAGCAUUCGGCGGUUAUGCACCGAUGCUGUCAAACGUGCAAUCUUGGCAUCUGGAGUGGCUAUGGAGAAUGUGUCCGGGAACAUGGCUUACUGAGGCCUACUUCGAUCUUGUACUAAAGAGAGUGGAGCAUCUGUACGACGUCCAUGCAGCAGCGGCCUGGACAGGGUUUUCCCUAGGAAGAACUUCACUCGAUGUAUUAAUGAUCCUGGUUAUAGGGACCUUCUAUAGGGCUUUGACGUUUGUUGGUCUGGUGUAUUUCGACCGUGACAAGCAACGAUAA